AUGUACCAAAUGCUCCAGCGAGGUGGCAUGAGGGGUCCUCCAAAGCGCUUCGAUGAAUACUACCGGUGCUAUCCAACUGUCAUGCUUCCUGGUCCUGAACGAGAAGAUUUGAAUUAUGGCGGAAAGAUCAUCAUGCCAGCGUCGGCCCUGGAGAAGCUCACUCGACUACACAUCACAUACCCCAUGCUAUUCGAGCUCAUAAACGGCAGAGACGAGCGGACGUCGCAUUGUGGUGUACUGGAGUUCAUCGCUGAGGAAGGAAAGAUAUAUCUGCCCCACUGGAUGAUGCAAACCCUCCUUCUCGAAACAGGUGAUCUCGUCCAGAUCAAAUCUACCGACCUACCUCCCGCUUCUCUUGUCAAGUUACAAGCUCAAGAUGUCAACUUCCUUGAAAUCAGCGAUCCUAAAGCCGUCCUCGAGAAAGCCUUCCGCCAGUUCGCCACGGUGACAAAGGGUGAUAUCUUCUCCUUCAAAUACAACGACACUGUCUACGAUGUCGCAGUCCUCGAAGUACAACCGUCAAGUGAGAAGAUGGGUGUUAGUAUGCUGGAAACAGACGUCAAGGUCGAUUUCGAAGCACCUAUUGGAUAUGUCGAUCCGCCAAAGACAAGAGCAUCAAGUGGUACAUCGACACCGAGAUCCAUGGCAGGUCUGCCAGCUGGAGGAGUCCUACAUAGCCAGGGCACCAUGGCACAAGCCAUCAACUACGAUGCUAUCGCUCCCUCAUCGAACGCAGCUCUUGCAGGCGCCAAAGCCGUAUCCUCAAACUUCCUCCUGGGCGGCCAAAAGCUGUCUUCCAAGAAAGGUGCCAAAGCACCUACACCCAAACCCUCAACUCCAGUAGCAGGCACCAGCAGCAACGUCCCUGCACCAACUGUCGCUAGACGAACAAACGGUCCUCAACCUCUCCGACUACCACCAAACAAGCUCUUCUUCGGUUACGAAAUCAAGCCCGUCAAGACUCAAGCCGACAAAGACAAAGAGAAUGCCGAUGCUGCACAACCGCAUUUCGCAGGUGCCGGACAGAUCUUGAGGGACGGCAAACGAAAGGAAAAUAGCGAUAAGGACAAGCCUGCUGAGCCGGAGAAGAAGCCUGAUCCGAGUGCUGGGAGACGCUUGGAUGGGCGAAAAGUCACGUAA